AUGUUUGCCACAAUCACAAAAUCAAGCGCCCUUUCCAACAAGGUGAUGACAGCUGUCAGAUCAGCACCUCGCUUCAGUUCAGCUUUACUCCACACUCAACCUGUUUACCAGAAUGGCGAAAACGAGGACACAGCACCCAUCAAUGCACUUGGGGCACGUCUUGGCUUAUCAUUAGACACCAAUGUUUUGAAGCAAGCCUUGACUCACAAGUCUGUGGAGGGCAGCAACAACAACGCUAUUUUGGAAUACAUUGGAAAACGAGUUACUGGACUCUUUGCCACAGAAUACAUCCACAGCAGAUUUCCACAACUCCAUCCUGGCGCUUUCAACACCACCUUAAGAGCCUACAUUGGCAACAAGAGUUUCAGCAAGAUUGCCACUGAAGUUGGUAUGCAACACACUGUGGAUUGGAAGGCACCAGAAAACGAUAGCGUCAAGUUGGGCCACUCUAGAGUCUUGGCUGAUUGUAUGAAUGCGCUUAUCGGUGCCAUCUACCAAGAGCAAGGUCAAGACGCAGCCAAAAAGUUCAUUCAUGAUUUUGUCUUGUCUCGUGAUUUCGAUGUUAGACCUGGUAUCAAAGUGCAGGAACCCAAGCGUCAUUUAAGCAUAUUGAUGAAGCAAUUGAACAAACAGCCUGCAGUGUCUCGAUUGUUGUCUGAGACUGGUCGUCAUUCUUCAGCUCCUGUCUUUGUUGUAGGCGUCUUUUCUGGAGAAAACAAGCUAGGUGAAGGAUUUGGCAGCUCUCUCAAGAUGGCAGAAUUCCGCGCAUGUCAAGACGCUCUAACAAGCUACUACGGAAAAGAAUACAAAGACUUUACAUUGCCAUCCGAUGCUGAAAAUGUAGAUAAAUACGUUGCUAAUCCCUUGGGCAACACUCAAGCUAUCGUUUAA